CAGUCAUUUUAGUUGUUUUGUUUCUUAAAAUGACGCAUGAAAUUAAAGAUGUGACAUUUAAUAUUAUUUCGUGCAGCUUAUUCUGGAACUUGAGCCAUACGUAGAGGAACUUAACAAAACAAGAGGUGCUAUUUCAGAGUUCGUUAAUCCAAAAUACAAGGAUUCCACAAAAACUGCCUUCAAAUCAUCAACUCGAUUGGAGUGCAUGAUGCAAGAUUAUCCAAAGUCUCUAUCUCCAUCAGCAAGGGUUGGUUUCACUGUGAUGGAUACAUGGCUCGGUUAUGCACCAGUGAAGAAUAACCCUGAGGAUGCUGCUAAGGUGCCAAAGGGGAAUCCAUAUCACAGUGCAACAAGUGGUGAGAUGGCUAUUUAUAAGGCUAACAGCAUUAUUCUCAAAAAGGCUGGAGUUCAGAUAGCUGAUCCCAUUACUGAUGUCUUCAAUGGACAAGAAGUAGAGGUUUGGCCGCGCGUAACAUGGAAUCCAAAAUGGGCGUUGACAUUUAGCGAUGUGAAAAGAAAAGUUAAUGAGGCAUGUUCCGUGUCACAAAGAUCCACUUUGGUCAUCAAUAAUUCUAAUGUGAUCCUCGACGCUCUCUCCUUGGAUGGAACUCUUAUUGCUAACGAAGUAGAGGUGAAACUGGCAGGCGCCGUUCAAAACAAAGGAUGGGUUCUUCAGCACGUCGAUCACAAAGACAGCUCCAACCCUGAAGAAAUCCGCAUAAGAGGUUUCAAAAUCCAAAAGGUGGAGCAGCUCGAAUUGAACCAUGUAUGAACUUCGAAAGUGUCUGUUUCAAGUCACGAAUAAAGAAGCUUCUCAAAUGCUCUAUCGACACCAUCCAAAAGGCUCAUGCUUGAGCCUCGAAAGUUGUCUGUUUCAGGUGGUGAAUAAAAGAAAGCGUCGCACUCUUCAGAAUGGCACCGUCCAAAGUUCAUGUCCAAGGUCUCAUCACUUUCUGCAGAUGCAUAAUUCAUCUAUUUAUUUAUGAAGAAUUCUUAGGAAACUUGUCAUGUUUGCAACUUUUUAUUCUUUUUAUUUUUCAGAAGCUAGUUUUUGAAGGGGAGCCUUGCACAAUGGUAAAAUUAUCCUCAUAUGAUAAUGAGGUCAUGAUUCGAA